GGAAGGGAAGGGAAGGGGUCAAUUGCUUUUUUAUUUUUUGUCAAUCACUGAUGGGGACUUCAUGAUUUGGAGGAGAGAUGAAGAAACCACGGCCAGCUAUGAUGAGCAUUACCUCUUUAGUUGGUGUCGGAUGGUUGGAUUGGCUUUUAAGACAAGCCAAAUCAUUAACAAGAACCAAAAAGAAACCCAAUAUCAGGCCGAGGCCGAGGCCGACUCUAUUUUUGGGCCACACAUAUCUCAUAUUCAUGCUGCUGCUGCUACUACGGCUAGCCAUGAACAACGAAUGGAGGUUCACAUCUUUCUAGAUAACAAAUCCAACGCCUAAACAGCUGCGCAACAAGUUUCUCGAGUUUCCUCUCCUGCUUAGUCAUGUCAGCAGUGAAAACGCUACUACUUUUGGCUUUCUUCUACGCUGGAAUCCACACCACCCGCUCCUUUACUGAUCCCCACGAUUCUGUGGCGCUCGAGUCUCUAAAAAACGAAUGGCAAAAUACACCACCAAGCUGGGGAACAUCAAAUGAUCCGUGUGGAGCUCCCUGGGAAGGAGUGACUUGCAACAAUUCAAGAGUAACUGCAUUGAGAUUAUCAACCAUGGGCCUAAAGGGUAAACUUGGUGGCGACAUCGGAGGCCUUACUGAACUGAGAUCAUUGGACCUUUCAUUCAAUAAAGAUCUCACUGGUCCAAUCUCCCCGGCAUUAGGGGAUCUACAGAAGUUGAAUAUCUUGAUCCUAGCUGGGUGUGGAUUUAGUGGCAAUAUUCCUGAAGAAUUGGGCAAUCUUCCUGAGCUAUCCUUCUUGGCUUUAAAUUCUAACAAUUUCACUGGUACCAUACCCCCAACUCUGGGAAAACUCUCCAAUCUCUAUUGGCUAGACCUGGCAGAUAACCAAUUGACAGGUGCUAUCCCAGUCUCGACUUCUGAAUCUCCGGGUUUGGACCUCCUUCUUAAAGCUAAACAUUUUCAUUUCAACAAAAACCAGCUAUCAGGUACCAUUUCACCUAAACUUUUUAGCUCUGAGAUGGUAUUAAUACACAUAUUAUUUGAUGGAAAUAAACUUUCUGGGAGUAUCCCACCAACAUUGGGACUUGUUAAGAACCUUGAGGUUCUUCGACUUGAUCGAAAUUCUCUAACAGGAAAUGUUCCAUCAAAUCUGAGCAACCUAAUAAAUAUCAAUGAAUUGAAUCUAGCUUACAAUAAGUUGACAGGUCCACUGCCAAACUUAACUCAAAUGAGUUCACUAAAUUAUGUGGACCUUAGUAACAACUCAUUUGAUUCAUCAGCAGCUCCGGAAUGGUUCUCAAAUCUGCAAUCUCUCACCACUUUGAUUGUUGAAUAUGGGUCAAUUAGAGGAUCUGUGCCACAAGGAGUAUUUAGCUUACCACAAAUACAACAAGUAAAACUGAAGAACAAUGAAUUCAGUGAGACACUAAACAUGGGUGAUAGCAUCGGCCAACAGCUGCAGCUCGUUGAUUUGCAAAAUAACAAUAUUUCCUCAUUUACCCUUGGUUCAGGAUAUACCAGAACUUUGAUGCUGAUCGGCAAUCCUGUGUGUAACACUGAUGCCCUCUCAAAUACGAACUAUUGCCAGCUUCAAAAGCCGCCAGUGAAACCCUAUUCUACCAGCCUUGCCAAUUGUGGAAGUAAGUCAUGUCCUCCUGAUGAGAAGUUGAGCCCUCAAAGUUGUGAAUGUGCCUAUCCAUAUGAAGGAACUUUAUACUUUAGAGGACCCUCGUUCAGGGAAUUAUCCAAUGCGACUUUGUUUCAUUCACUGGAAAUGAAACUUUGGGUCAAACUUGACCUUACGCCUGGUUCAGUUUCUAUUCAGAACCCUUUCUUUAAUGUCGACGAUUAUCUUCAGAUGCAGCUUGCACUUUUUCCACCCAAUGGAAAGUAUUUUAAUAGGUCAGAUAUUCAGAGGAUUGGGUUUGAUCUGAGUAAUCAAACUUUCAAACCUCCCCCACCAUUUGGGCCAUAUUAUUUCAUUGCAUCUCCCUAUGCUUUUUCAGCCACGGAUAGGGGAACUUCAAUCAACACGGCAGUGAUAAUUGGUGUAGCUAUUGGCUGUACCUUUCUCGUUCUAGGCCUCAUUGGAGUUGGAGUAUAUGCAAUUCGGCAAAAGAAACGUGCAGAAAAGGCCAUCGGAUUGAGUAGACCAUUUGCUUCUUGGGCACCAAGUGGAAACGAUAGUGGAGGUGCACCACAAUUAAAGGGAGCCAGAUGGUUUUCUUAUGAUGAGCUUAAAAAAUGCACAAAUAAUUUCUCCAUUAGCAAUGAGAUAGGAUCUGGAGGGUAUGGCAAGGUAUACAGAGGAAUGCUUGUGGAUGGACAAGUAGUUGCAAUCAAAAGAGCCCAACAAGGAUCAAUGCAGGGUGGCAGCGAGUUCAAGACGGAAAUUGAACUGCUUUCACGAGUUCAUCACAAGAAUCUUCUUGGCCUCGUGGGAUUUUGUUUUGAGCAAGGAGAACAGAUGCUUGUUUAUGAAUUUAUGCCUAAUGGAUCACUGAGAGAGAGCCUAUCUGGAAAAUCUGGUAUUACUCUUGAUUGGAAGAGAAGAGUUCGUAUUGCACUUGGGUCUGCCAGAGGAUUGACUUACUUACACGAGCUUGCUAACCCUCCCAUAAUCCAUAGAGAUAUUAAGUCCACGAACAUUCUAUUGGAUGAACAUUUAAAUGCAAAAGUUGCAGAUUUUGGCUUGUCCAAGCUUGUUUCAGACAGUGAAAAGGGACACGUUUCUACGCAAGUUAAAGGCACAUUGGGUUAUUUGGAUCCAGAAUAUUACAUGACUCAACAGUUGACAGAGAAAAGUGAUGUGUACAGUUUUGGAGUGGUUAUGUUGGAAUUGGUAUCUGCCAAGCUGCCAAUUGAGAAAGGAAAGUAUAUAGUUCGUGAGGUGCGUAUGUUGAUGAAUAAGAAUGAGGAAGAAUAUUAUGGGUUGAAGCAUAUAAUGGAUGCAACCUUAAUAAAUAAUACGACAAAUAUUAGUGGGUUUGGAAGGUUCUUGGAGUUGGCGAUGCAAUGCGUUGAAGAAUCAGCUGCAGAACGUCCCACAAUGAGUGAAGUGGUUAAGGCAAUUGAGAGUAUUUUGCAAAAUGAUGGAAUAAAUACUAACACCACAUCUGCAUCCUCAUCUGCUACCGACUUUGGGACAUCCAAAAAUGCUCCCAGACAUCCCUAUAAUGACAAUAAUGCUUUUGACUACAGCGGUGGAUACACUCUUUCCACAAAAGUGGAACCAAAGUAGAAUGGUUUUUCUAAACAUCUCCUCUUCUUUCGUUUCGAUUUAUUUAAUGAUUUGAAACUUAGUACUUGUUUUCUUCCCAUCAUCUCGUUUGUUUCUAGGAGAUGCAAAAUUGUGGAGAAGUUGUAACUAUUUUAUGUAGCUAAGAAUUGUUAUUCACGUGAAUAUAUUGUUAGAUAUUGAUUAUGCAUAAUGCAUUGUUUGAAUUA